AUGCUUCGUCGCAACGACUCCGCAGUGGCUUUGUCAUCGGCAUCGACCACCUCUUCUAUCACUCCCUCAUUCGCGUCUCUCUCACAGGAGAACGAUCAACUAGGUCAGGACAAUGCUCAUCUACAAAGGCGUAAUGGAGAGCUGACUCAACAGUCUGAGCUCAACCAGAACCUCUUUCAGCAUACCUCCGAAACGCUCGUAGCCAAGGAAAGCGAGAUCACCGACUUGGAGGAAGCACUCAUUGAUAGGGAUAGCGAGAUCACUGAUCUAAAGGGGAUUCAGAAGGAGCUCAAGGAGUGUAUUCGCCGCAACGACGAAGCUAGCAAUGAAAGAAUCCAGACUCUGGAGCUUCAGCUUGAGGAUCUGUCGAAGCAACUUGAAGAAGCACAUGAAGCGGCUGCUAAACGUAAAGCCACGUGGACAAAGUUGAAGAAUCAGCAGAAGGAAUAUCCCACGAUGGUUGAGGACGAGCAGCAACAGGGCCAGCAAGGACCCAACGAUUUUGUUCUCAUACACUGGACUAAGCUUCACGCAAAGGAUAAAACAAUCGAGUUCUUGCGCUGCCGUCAGUCCAAGUCUGACAAACGCAUCGCUAGACUCAAGGAGCGGUUGGCCGCUGGGGAUGAAUUGGGUCGAAACUGGGUGCAGACGAUCACGCUUGCUAAUUCCAAGGUCAAGGCGAUUGAGACAAAGCCUCAAGUUAUUACUGAGCAUUAG